AUGUCAAAACCUCAUAUAACUCAUUGUGAUUUUCGUCAAUACAAAGACUUGACAAAUCAACUUGUUAUGGAAGAGUCUGUUUUUAUUGCUUUAAUAAAUCGGCAUGCAGAUGUACUCAUUAAGCGUCGGAGUGUGAAAAGUUCUGUCACUCUUCCUUUUUUAUGUAUUGCACAAAUCACAUUUUCAAUGAACGAUUCCAUACUCUUUUCUCAAUUGAUUGAAGACAAAAUUGGGUGUAUAAAAUCACUUGAAAUGAGUCAAGGUGUUAAAGAAAGUACUGCAAACGAACGUUUGAAAAAAAAUCGAUUGAAACAAACAAACUUCCUUUUAAACGACAUUUUGAGUGAAAUUGGGUACUUCAACAGAACUAAAUUUGAAAAACGGAAAACUGGUGGGCUUGUCUUAGAAUUUAUAGACUCAAUUGAGUGUGUCAAUGGUGACUUUUUCGACGGCGACGAUAUUGCUUUCUAUGGAAAAAGAAUUAACAACUUUUUGGAAAAGGCUAUAAACGAAAAGCCAAGUGUGCUUUUUGAAAAGGAUAAUCAACAACUCCAAAACCUCAUUGGAAAAUAA